AUGAGCGGCGGCAGCCCGGUGAUGACGGAGAGCGAGCGACGGGCGUACCGGUACGGGCAAGCGGCGUCGCCGAAGCAGCGGGCGCUCGGGCAGCUGGGCUGCAUCAGGAAGACGUGGUCCAACGACUCGCUCUCCAGCUACGGAGGAGGCGGCGGCGGGAGGGCCGGCGGCGGCGCCCAGGCGUGCGUGUGCGCGCCCACCACGCACCCGGGCUCCUUCCGGUGCAAGCACCACCGCCACGCCUCCAACCUCGGCGCUGCCGCGCCGGCCGGCCAGGUGGCCGACGCCGACGCCAAGCGCCAGGAGGCCCAGCAACAGGAAGUCUCCUCCGCGGAGCAGGAGAAGGCGACGUGGGGGCGGGCGACCACUGUUUUAAGUCGAAAACUUGGCAGGAGAAGAGAAAGGUGA